AGUGAAUUCAUCUUGAUUAGUUGCUCUGAACUCUAAUUUAGUAGGCUUGUUGUUAAGUGAAUUCAUCAUGAUUAGUUGCUCUGGACAUUACCUUUUAUCUUAAAUCUUGCUCGUACGUAAAGCCUAUUUUUCAUAUCUGUUAGUAACUUGAAGAAUGCAAUGCUUCUGUCUCUAUAAUAUAUCAUGGCAACGUGUUAUUGACCAUAUUUGGAAAUUAAAUAUCCCAACUAAAAUAAUUUUCAGUUUUCUAGCAUACUUCUGUGUUACUGCCAAUUUUCUCAAUUUUCCUUUGCUCACCUAUACAGCUUCCCCCUCAGACAAUUCAUAUAAGACCAUCAAUGAUAAAAAUAUAUGGUGAUGAAAAUUCAUUUGGCGAUAAGUCAUUUAACUCUUUGGAAAUAAUUACUACAAGAGUAUUUUGUGGAGCUUCUAAGGAAGGCACUGGAAGAUGUCAAUAAAGCUCGUCAUAAACCUAGAGAUUCGCUGGAAGUUGCAUUUAACCAUGCGGACCUGGAUGAUUCAAUGUCAGCACGAAUGAUUCUUUCUGGAAUUCAAUCAGAAGAUGAAGCGCAUUUGCAAUACCAGCUAGCUCUAAUGACCAAGGAGGAAAGAAAAGGACUCAAACAAGGAAGGAUCCCUAUAGAUGAAUGCUAUUAUCUGAUGGGCACAACAGACCCGACGGGGACUUUGAAACGGGACCAAGUUUGCGUUAUACUUGACAACGGCCAGCUUUCUGGAAAUGUUCUUGUCUAUAAACAUCCUGGAUUACUUUUUGGCGAUAUACACGAAUUGACUGCAACAUAUAUUGAUGGUUUAGAGAAUAUCGUGGGAAAUUCCAAAUAUGCCAUAUUUUUCCCCACUUGUGGACCACGAUCUUUGGCUGAUGAAAUGGCAAAUAGCGAUUUUGAUGGCGACAUGUACUGGGUCUCAAGAAACCCACUGUUAUUGGAGUGCUUCAAACCACGUAAACCAUGGGUUCGAAGAAUAUCACCGAGAAAGACUGAUCAGAAGAAGCCUCAGGAUUAUCUUGGAUCCAAGUUGGAAUGCAUGUUAUUCCGCGAAUAUUUGAGAGCUAGAUUUACACCCAGUUAUGUCCUGGGUGCAGCUGCAAAUUGUUGGCUGGCAUAUAUGGAUCGGCUCUUGACAGGCGGCAUUCCUAAGAGCGAGCGGAAAGAAAUAAAGAAGAUGCUUGACUUGGUUGACAUUUACUAUUUGGCUUUGGAUGCAGCGAAGUCAGGGAACAAGAUCACUGUUCCUGAAGAGCUGAUGGUCAAGCAGUACCCACACUUCAUGGAACGAUAUCCUGACUACCAUUCGGCAUCUGUGCUGGGCAAAAUCUAUGAAGUAAAAUCACAAGAGUCUGAAGCUGAUCCUUCAAUCAAGAUAGUGCCCCUGCAAUGCUUCACCGAGGUAGCAGUAUCUGAAGAUUACAAGCGCCGUUGGACAUCUCUUUAUCAGGAGUACUUGAGGGAGAGCUCUAAACUUUGUAAGCUGGAGGACAAAGCGGAGAGGAACAUCAAUUUCCACGAACUCUACCAAGAGUACAAGUGGAUGCUGUACAAGGCCGAGGAGUUUGAGUACAGCCCGAGGGAGCGCUUCGAUCUCUUCAACGAGGCCUGCGCGGUGUACCAGGUGGUGUACGAGCACGCGACGUCCUGCAACCAGGUCAGCAAGUGCGGCUUCGCGUGGAAGGUGGCCGGCCGCGCGCUGUGCCAGCUGUACACGCUGAAGCACAGCGGUGACACCGUGCUCUGCUCCUUCUCCGUUCUUGAGGGUGCUUUCAAGAAGAACCUCCGCACGUAGCGCCUAGCGCUUUGCGUAGUUGGAAUGCCUUUUGUGUGUCAAUCUGAUGGUGGAGCAGCACUUUAUAGUGAUGCUAUUAGGCGAUGCACAAGGUUGCGAAGAAGCAAACCUUUUGGCUACAAUUCACCUGCAUCUGAUACAGAGGACUGUGUGCAUUGUAUGUAUCGCUCCUGGAAGAUCUUAAUGGUGUACGUAUGUGCUAGUAUACGGUAUGUGCAUCGACUGGGUUCAUUCAGAACUAGAAUCUGGAACAUGUCCAAGUCCUCUGUUCUUGGUCGUCCCGGAAUUAACCGAGUAAAGUUGUAGCCUCACCUUCUGUAAUCUGAAUGAAAUGGAGCCCUUUGACACUUAAUAACGGCAUGCAUCUUUAAACUUUU